AUGUCAGACCCCGUUGACUCGGUGCCGACUUCCUCACCGGCUAAUGCGCCUUCCCCCUCUGCCCAACCUGCGACCGGAAGCACUUCACAGCAGACCCUCCCGAUCCGCGAAGCAAAGAGCGCAAAGGACAAGGACCCCGCACAAUCAGACAAACAACCUACAAAGGGCAAAGAUGCAGCUGGUACUGAGACUGAGGCUGCAGCUGGUGGUGAUAAGCCCUUGAGUCCCGCGGAGUUGAAAAAGAAGGCCAAGGCAGAGAAAGCUGCCCGGCGCGUUAAGGAAAAACUUGAACGAGACGGCGGAGCUGGUGCCGCGGGCGGUUCAGCUCCUGGACCUGGCCAGCCUCGUCCUCCCGCUACCCCAAGGAAAGAUGCUGCUGGUGGAGGUGCGGCACAAAAGGGCGCGAAGGCACUCCCCCCGCGACGUGGUUCUCUGGUUGGCGCUGGCGCUGCUGUGGAGCAGAAGAAAAAGAAGGAUGAUAAAAGUGUUGCUGUCUUUGGCCAUCUCUACGGUCAGCAGCGAAGGACUACCAUUGCCGGUGCUGGUAAGGAGGUGCAUCCCGCAGUGCUAGCAUUGGGCCUGCAGUUGAGGGAUUAUGUGGUAUGCGGAAGCAGUGCGCGAUGCGUGGCUACCAUGCUUGCUUUCAAGCGAGUCGUCGAGUCGUACACCACACCUAUCGGUACCUCGCUCCCCCGCCACAUGACAACCCACCUCUCCCACCAAAUCACCUACCUCUCCACAUGCCGAGCGCUCUCAAUCAGUCAGGGUAAUGCUAUUCGUGCGCUCAAACUUGCCAUUGCCGACAUCGAUCCCUCCACACCCGAGUCGGCUGCCAAGGCAACAUUGUGCGACUUUAUUGACAGCUUUAUCCGCGAAAAGAUCACAGUCGCCGAUCAGGUUAUUGCUGCCAGUGCAGCCCAGAAGAUCCAAAACGGCGAUGUGAUUGUGACAUUUGCAGGCAGUUCCCUUGUCAAGCAGACUCUACUGGCGGCACACAAGCAAGGAAAACAAUUUCGGGUUUCGAUCAUCGAUUCACGCCCCCUGUUCGAGGGCAAGAACCUCGCCCGCGCACUCGCCAAUGCCGGUUUGGAAGUUCAAUACUCACUCGUACAUGGCAUCAGCCAUGCUAUUAAGGAUGCUACAAAGGUUUUCCUAGGCGCCCACGCCAUGACCAGCAACGGUCGCCUUUACUCCCGUGUCGGAACCGCUUUGGUAGCCAUGUCCGCCAAGGAACGAGCCGGUGGUGUCGAAGUGCCCGUCAUUGUAUGCUGCGAGACAGUCAAGUUCACCGACCGUGUUGCUCUCGACAGUAUUGUCGUCAAUGAAAUCGCCGAUGCCGCUGAGCUGGUCUCUGCCAACCCCGCACAGCAGGUUACUGGUCUCCCAGAUCCUGCAGCAUUCACUGUUCCCCCUGUUGACCCCAAGAAGGGCAAGGGUGGAAAACCUGCCUCUAAUGCGCCAACUGACCCCGCUGGCUCUGACCGAGUUCCGUCUCCUUCGCCCCUUGCUAGUUGGAAGGAUACUUCUCACUUGCAACUUUUGAACCUGAUGUAUGAUGUUACCCCCGCGGAGUAUGUGGACAUGGUCGUCACUGAGAUGGGCAGCUUGCCCCCGAGUGCUGUCCCCAUUGUGCACCGUAUGAGCACGAAUAUGUGA